AUGAUUAUAGGAGAAAAUUCCAGAGCUUUAAUGGAAAAAUUGGCCAAAUCAAAUACAUCUUCAUUAUUACCCAUAUGGGAUCAGCUAACACAACAGAAUGGAAAUCAUGAAAGGCUCCAAGCUUUGUCUAGCAAUAGCAAGCCCCUUCCUUCUUCAUCUAUUUAUUACAAUUUCCUAAAACAUUUGUACCCCAAUUCCACACUCAUAUCAUCCUAUGCGACUGGAGAUGCAAUAGAUCCGUCUAAGAAGUACUCCAAGAUAAAUCAUGAUAAUUUAUUCGAUGCAUAUCAAAAGUUGCCUUCCCCCCGUCCUCUAUUCAUGAAACCCAAUCACUUAGAAGACUUGUUGAAGGUGUUUCUCGAAAGAAGAGAUUUUAAAUAUGGCCAUCCCAUACUCAACUCGAAAGCAGAUGUGAGCAGAGGACGGUUAAUUGCCGUAUUUAAGGAGACCUUGGCAAAUAGAAAGAAACAUGUUGAAAGGUGUAGUUCAAUAAUGAAUGACAUAAGAAAGGCUGAUCUUCCCUUAAGCAUGGGUGAGAGAAAUAAAUUAAUAGCUAUGAGUCUCUUCAGAGAUAGAGAGGACAUAUUGGAAAAGGUGCAACUUGCUUUGGACCAACAAGAGCUUCAUUCGAGACAUGUUCGUGCGCUUUCACAACGAGGCAAAAGUCUCAAUCUCACAAAGUUUGAAUGGGAUGGGUAUCAAAGCUUGCUUCAAUCUUUUGGCGAAGAUAUCAGUACUGAAACUUACAAUACAAUUCUCUUUGCAGCAAUCAGACAUGGCAACCAAAAAAUCGUCGAAGAUAUUUACAGUAGAUUGUUUUCAGAUGAGCCAAAGGGAGACAGGAAAUCACUAGGUUUAUUUUUGGAAUACUUUGCUUCCCAGAAAAAAGAGGAAAGGUUCAUAAAACUAAUUGAAAUAUGCUCAACCUACGUGAAAUUGGAUUCUCAGACGCUUGACAUAGUUAUCGCAGGACUCUUAACUUUCAACGAUGUAGAACUUGCUGAAAGUCUAGUUAAACUGGUUUACCUUGAAUGCUAUGAUGAAAGCUGUUCGGCAAGUCAAAAUUUGGUAGUGUACAAAAUCUUGAGCGUUGAAGACGAACUAAUAUAUAGAGACAUGCUUUACAAGUACGACAAAGUCAGUGAACUACUCUCGGGGAGUAAUAUCCCCCAAUUCAAGCUCUUUCCUACAGAAAACACAUUUUUCAAGUUCAUUCAAUAUUAUACAUCAAACCCUGGUCAUAUCCACAAGAUUGGUCCGUUGCUUUCUACUAUGGAAUCACAAUUCAAACUUCCAAUAACAUCAAGAAUAUACAAGCAACUCUUCCAGCACACCCUGACAUUUGAGAAUGUUCAAAGGCUUACAAUGGAUCUUCUUAAGGAUUAUGAGUUGUCUUCGCAUUCAAGCAACGAAGCAGUAGUUGAGAAAUUGGGAAGUUUACCAUUGACUCCAAAAUUGAAGGUAUUGCUACAGAAUAGCCAGAAUCCAGUUGCAAAUCUUCCGUCAUACUUGAACAAUGACAGAAUGAGCACUGUUAAGCUAUCAAAGGACUUAAUGAAUACUAUCUUUGAAGCGUAUUCUAGGAGUUUCAGAAGCAAGCAAAUCGAUAUGGUUGAGAAGAUUCAAAAGUUAAGAGGAGAACUACAAAGCAAAGAGGCAGUCUUGUGGGGAAAUGUCUCGUCCAAAUCUAUUGACAAUUUGAAAGAGGCAAAGUUUUUGCGUAAGGCAUAUUUGAUUGAAUUAUUGGAUAUAGGAUUCAGUGUCGAGGAUAGCGAUUAA